AUGGCCAGACCCUGGAAGGCUCCACAGCUCCUGCUGGCCAUUCUGGUGGCCCUGAUGGCCCAUACCUACCAAACAAGGAAGAAAACCUUUAUCCUGGUCCAAGAAGUGUCUGCAGUGGAAGCUUACGUGCCGGACACCUUGCAGUUUGUCACUGAUGAGUAUAAUAGGGAAAGUGAUGAUGAGUACAACUUCAGGAUCCUCCGAGUCCUGAAAAUCCUGAAGAAGAUAACGGAUCACUUGGAGUAUCACAUCGACGUGGAGAUGCAGCGGACCACCUGCAAAAAGCUGGAGACGAAGGACUGUGUCUUACAGAAAGGAGAGCUUUACAAGGCUUUCAAAUGA